AGGACUAUCCACGUCUGUGUGAAACCAUUUUUAAAUAGUCUUAUUAACUUGAGGGGUUUUCGCUCGUCUUGUAUUCUUUUUCUUUUGGAUAUUUUCUCCUUUUUAUUUAUGGCACUCACAUGCGAUUAAAUUUAACUGCCGUUAGUUCUCCAUCUCCAAUACACUGCCAAUUGGAAAAAAUGAUUGCCACACAUGUGAGCAAACCUAAAAAGGUGGAUAAAAAGAAACGCCGUUGUUUGGCCAUUAUUAAAGCGGAUUAUAAUGUCACCGAGAGUGAAACGCCAACAAUUUUUCUGGCCAUACUAAAUGCCGGCCUGUGCAAUGGUCUUACUGAAGAAACACUGCUGGCCAAGGCAACAGCACAUGGUAAAGUUUCACAAGUGUUGAUGUUGGCUUCCAAGUCGUAUUGCUUUCUAAAAUGUGCUAGCAUUGCGGACGCCGAGUCCAUAUUUCUGGCAAUGCACAACGUAUCCACCAUAGGACAACACGGAGCGGUUUGCUACCUUAGCUACGUAACCGGGAUUCCUCAGCUUGAAGCAGUAGAAAACGACUGGAAUAAACCUCUUCCAAAGGGUCUCAUACUAUUGACAGACUUUAUAACCGAGGAGGAGGAGAGCGCACUUUUGAAAGCCAUCGGCAACGACAGUAGAAGCAACGAAGGUAACAUGAAAAAUAGGCGUGUAAAACACUUCGGUUACGAGUUCGUUUAUGGUAGCAACAAUGUGGAUUCAACGAAACCAUUAGAGUGUAGAAUUCCAACCGCUUGUGAUUUUCUCUGGCCGCGUUUCAGGCAAGCUGCGGCUGAAAAUGAUUUGCAGGGUCUGGACUGGACGCAACCAGACCAGCUGACGGUGAAUGAAUAUGAACCAGGACAUGGUAUACCACCACACGUUGAUACGCACAGUGCAUUUUUAGAUCCAAUUCUUUCACUUUCGCUGGAAUCGGAUGUAGUCAUGGAAUUUAGGCGUGGUAGCGAGUGUACUCCCUUACUGCUGCUGCGUCGUUCCCUUCUAGUUAUGUCGGGCGAGGCGCGGUUUGAUUGGAUGCACGGCAUAAGACCCAGACAUUUAGAUUGGCUGCCUACGGCCACAGUCAGCCUUACAAUGGAACCACGCAGGAAACGAACUUCGCUUACAUUUCGACGAUUGCGACGUGGUCCCUGCCAUUGUCAAUUUCCAACACUCUGCGACACACACCAGUCAACGGCACCAAAACUGUUGAUGGACACAUUGGCAAAGCAAGCGGUUAGCCUGGAGCAGCAAAAUGUGCAUGAUGUCUACAAUAAAAUUGCAAAUCAUUUCAGCGAUACACGUCAUACACCUUGGCCAAAAGUUUCCGACUUUUUACACAGCUUUGAUCCGCAAUCAAUUGUGCUGGAUGUUGGCUGCGGUAAUGGGAAGUAUCUAUGUUGUAACUCACAGCUGCUGGCCAUCGGCUGUGAUCGUUCGCAAGGAUUAUUGGGCGUGUGUAAUUCCCGACAACAGAGCGUGUUUCGCUGCGACUGUCUGCAACUUCCUAUACGCACGGCAAGUAUGGAUGGCUGCAUCAGCAUUGCUGUCAUACAUCACUUGGCCAGCUCUGAACGUCGAUUGACCGCUUUGCGUGAAAUGGCACGUAUAUUGCGGCCAGGUGGACGCGCGCUCGUGUAUGUCUGGGCAAAAGAGCAGCGACGCGAUAACAACAAAUCAAGCUAUUUGAGACAAAACAAAGCCGUUAACAAAGAACGUACCACAGAGCAGGCGCAACGACAGCAUCAGGCGGCGCAAUUAGAACAUAAAAUAAAUCCGCCGCAUGUGUCUCUUCCAGUGCACACGAAUCGCACUGAAUUUCAACAACAAGAUGUUUUUGUGCCCUGGAAAACGAAAGAUGCUGAGCAUACAACAUUUCUGCGUUACUAUCAUGUUUUCGAAGAGCAGGAGCUGGAGCGACUUAUAGCUGAUGUACCAGAAGUAUUUCUAAUUAAAAGCUACUACGAUCAGGGCAAUCAUUGUGUGAUUUUUGAGCGUGCCGUAAGCUAAGCUUCAAUUAUAUAUGUAUAUAUUUUCUUAAUUAUACAUUUAUAAAACUGCGACAAUA